AUGGCUGGUAAUUUGGAACAAGUCUUGAAGUCUUUAAUUUCGAUCGACUCUUUAUCAGUCUUAAUUAAUGAAAAAGACAAUCGGGAACUUCCGACAUUUCGUGUUCCUUCAGAUGUUCCGACUCUAGAAGAACCAGUUACAGAUCCUUCUUCUUGGAAAGAGUUGAAAGAUGCUACUUUGAACGAAGAUUAUGACAAUGAAGAGGAUGCAGUAUUAGCUUCAAAUGGAGAACUUAGCGUUCCUCCUUCAACUGCAUCCAGACUUAAUUAUUAUGAUAUCCUUUCUUUUAAACAUAUGAAAACAUAUGGAUGUAAACCUUUGAAGGAUGAAUCAGGUAUCGUAAACUGUAACGAAUGUUCAAAAAAAGUUUUACCGCGCGGGUUUAUUGAUCAUUCUGCUAAUUGCGAAAAAAUAAAAGCAGAAGCGCUCGAAGCUCAAAACGUGGAUAUACCUACAGAAGUGUCAAAUGCUGACUUAACAGUCAAUAAAAAUACAAAAAAUUCCACUACAGAAACGCAUAAUUCAAAUAAGAAACGUAAGAAGUCAGUUGAAGCUGAAAUAACUGAUACAAAAAGACCUAAUUCUCCGAUUGCUAAAGCAUCUCCUGAGAAAAAACAAAAGACUAAAAAGGAAAAAGAAAAGAAGAAAACCACGGGACGUCAUAAAGGACCUAUUGAUCUGGAUAAGCAAUGUGGAGUAAUUGUGCCACCUAAUAAUACACCUUGCACGCGUUCAUUAACUUGUAAGAGUCAUUCGAUGGCCUUGAAACGAGGUGUAUUAGGUAGAUCACAAUCAUAUGAUAUCCUACUUGCUCAGUAUCAGAAAAAGUCUAUAGGACGCCCUCAGAAUAAUGGUGUGCCAAAUAAUAAGCAAGACAAUACGAAGAAAGAUGGAAAAGUAGUUGUCCCCGAGAAGGAGGAAGAGGUUGUUGAUUCUGAAGAAGAAGUUGACGCUGUCAUGGAAGCAAUAAUGUAUAGUAAUCCUCGGCCACUUGUGACGCGAUCGACAUCUUAUGUUCCACAAAGAAGUAAUUACUUCAUUUAUAAUGACAUUAAUGAAAUUCUCCCGAAAGGAGUUGCUUAA